AUGCAGCUCUCACAAAUCUUGGCUGGUGUCCUCAUCGCCGUGACUCCCGUCAUAGCCCUCCCACCGGGCUUCCCAUCAACCAAAUCUCCCGCCUCGCCUUCUUUGUGGCCCCGGGAGUUCAGCCCCUUCGCAAAGCGCCAAUCCUGCGUCGAGACCUGCGCGAACGUCUGUUACUGGCAGUCCGAUAUCAACGCCGCCGUCUCAAGGGGCUUCGAGCUCCUCGAAUCCGGCCAAACGCUGGGCUCUGGCGACUACCCCCAUCAGUAUAACAACUUUGAGGGGUUCGACUUCCCUGUCAGCGGACCGUGGUAUGAGUUCCCGAUCUUGAGCAGCUUUCAGGUCUAUUCUGGUGGGAGUCCGGGGGCUGAUCGGGUGAUUUUCAACGGAAAUGGUGCCUACGCCGCUGUCAUAACACACAAUGGAGCGAGUGGGGACGAUUUUGUGGCAUGUGCCCCGUAA